CCACAAAUUCAAAACGUUUUCCUUUUUCUUCCCUUUUCCUUGUUUGUCCAUUUUCACUUUCAUAGUGUCUUGUGGCCACUCAACAACUUACUUGUAGCAAUUUCACUAACUCACUUUCUUUGAUUCUUUCACCCAAAAAAUACAAUAAAACCAAACAACACACAAAGCAAAAAAAAUUCAAUCAAUCUCAGAAAUCACAACGGGUGAUUUCGUCAGAAAGAAGAAAGCCAUCCAGGCUUGGAAGAACAACUCAAUCCCCUUUGGAAAUUCUCUCAUGGCAAGGAAGAUGCGUUGUGCCCCUCAGUCAAAAGGUAAAGAUAGUCCAAAAGUUUCAGAAGCAGGAAAGAAUUCCAAAUCAACGACAAAUCAGGAACACAACAAAGUUACAACUUUGGACCUCGCAAAACACUCUGAACAAGGAUCUUCUGUUUCAACGAUCAACUCUGAUAGUAGGCUUGCCAUCCUUACCUUCCUUAGUUUUGAGCCUGAUGGAACCUGGAGAAUUCUUGCCGUUCCAGUGCAGUGUCUCAAUCACGUUAACCUAGCUUCUGGCAGCAUAAGUAUGGAUGGUCUGCAACUUCUUUUCCCUCCAACAACUGUUAAUAGACCGAAGAUUGAUCAAUGUAAGGGACCUAGAGGACAGGUCCCUCCGAGUGCUUAUUCAGCUAAAUCAUAUGAAAGAAGAAGUUUUACUGGUUCAAAUGUUCGUCGUAGAUGUCAAAACAAAGUAGCUAACAAAGCUUGUAAGCUGAAUGAACUUCCUGUGAAUUCUUGUGCAGGAAGUUCGGUAGUUAAUAGUAGCCCUAGCUUGUCCCCUCAAAGUUCUGUCGCCGGUAUUUCGUCUGAUAAUUGCAUGAGUAACACCAAGGAGGAUAAGUCUCUGCAGAAAAACUCGAGAAGAAGGGCAAGAAAGAAAGCUAAACAAAUGAAGAAGCAGUCAAGUGAAAGCGGAUCUAGUGAAAGAGAACUUCGUACCGAGGAAUAUGGCUGUGUAAGUUUGGCUUCUGAAACCUGCAGCAGCAAUGAUGUGGAUGCGACUGCACCGGAUUUUUCAUCUUCCGACGAUAGGUUAAUGAAAAUUGAUUGUGAAAGGAAUGAGAUGAAUGACAAAAGCAAUGUUGUGGAUGCACUGAAAUGCCGCGACUCUUGUAUCGAUGAGGCAGUGAUGUCAAAAGAUGAAUCAAUGAAUCAGCUUCAUGAUAGAGAAACAAAGGAUAUUCAACACGUUGAGCUAUGCAGUUUUAAUGAUAUACAAGACUCUUUGGUGUUGGAUUCAGUUUCCAUUGGAUCGAAAAGUGAUGAAAGUGUCAAUGAUGGUCAUAUAGGAAAAUCGUUCAACAAAGCAAGUUCUGGAGUCACUUCAAAUUCAGGAGAUGAGUAUUUUCUUUGUCAAGGCUUAACAUCAGGUUCUCGCAAUAACUAUGAACAUAACGAGGAAACGCGGAACAGUGGUCAAAAUUGCAUUGUCAAUGAUAAGAGAGUUCAGCAAAAGAUAAAUAUGUCGAAGAGUUCUAGUUUCAACAAAUUUUCGGGUGUUGGUCGAACAGGGAAGGAAAACAGUCAUUCUGUCUGGCAAAAGGUUCAGAAGAACAAUUCGAGUGAAUGUGGUGGUGGUGAUCUGAAGAAAGUAAACACAACUUUGUCACAAUCCGUUUCCGCUACCGAAAAGGAUGAUCCUUCAGCCAUAAAAAAUUGUAAUAAUUCUGUUGGUGCCAAUGCUGUUUCAGGACCAGAGGAUAAAAAAAAUGUGAAAAAUAAAGUCAGUCGAAAAUCAAAAGGUAAAACGGAUUCAGUUCCAAGAAAAGGAGCCUGCAACUAUUCUAGGAAGGGUUCCAAUUUUAACAGGACUGUGUUAAAUGAUAACUUGAAGGUUAGUAUUCAACAGAAUGAUUCUUCAACUAUCUCAUCUCAGGAAAAUAAUCAACAAGGAUUGGUAAUGGAGAUUCAGACCAAUGGAGCUGAACAGGAAACAUCUGAGAUAGCUCACAGCGAAAAAUUUCAUGCGGAUGAGUCCGAUAUCCUGAAAAGUUCACAAGAAACAGAGAAUGGAAGUAUAGACAUUCAAUCUCAAGUUUCUUGUUCUGAUGAGCAAUCUCAAGUUUCUUGUAAACUUUUAGACAAUCAAGUUGGUCAAACAGUGAAAGAAGUUUCUUCUGCAGAUUACAAUGGACAAAACCACAGUUCUGGCUCUACAGCCCUAUGGAAAUGGAUACCAGUUGGGAAAAAAGAUGCUGGAAUGGCAAAAUCUGAGUCUAAUAGUUCAUCAUCACAAUAUUCUGAUGAACCAACUAGUAAAAUUAUUGACAUGGAAAACGGACUGGAACCAAAAUCAGAUUCUCUUUCUCAAAAUCAGGAUUCUUCACCAGAUACAAGAACUACAUCCAUUGGUCGAAUCGAGGGUGAAAAUCAUAAACUAGGUGAGGAGAUUGCAGGUUCAUUGACCGAGCGUAUGGACAAACAUCAAGUAGAUAAUCACAUAAUUUAUGAAUGUGAGAGUCAAUGUUUGUUAGAAAAUGAUUCCUACAGAAUAGCUCAAGCGGUGAAUGACGCCUGCCGAGUUCAAUUAGCUUGUGAUGUAGUACACAAGGUGACUGGUGCCCCUGUUGCAGAAUUUGAAAAACUACUUCAUUUUUGUAGUCCUGUUAUUUGUCGAUCACCCGAUUCACUUGGUUGUUUCACCUGUGCAAAAAACCAUUUGAUUGGUGUCCCACUGUGCAGACAUGAGAUACCUGAAGUAUCUUUGGGAUGCUUGUGGGAGUGGUAUGAGAAACAUGGGAGCUAUGGAUUAGAGAUAAGGGCUUGGGAUUAUGAAGAUCCGAAGACAUUAGGUGGUGUUGGUCAUUUUCCGUUCCGUGCCUAUUUUGUCCCUUCUUUAUCAGCAGUUCAGCUGUUUAAGAACCGUGAAAGUCGAUGUGUGAACAACAGUGUCAGCUUUCUGAAUUGUAAGGUUUCAGAGGCUUGUGAAAUGAUCGACAAUUCAGAAGACUCGUUUAUAGGUCGUUUUAGUAAUGCCUCUAAUCCAUCUACUGACUCAACCUGUUCUGGUGAUUCAGAACUUCUUUUCGAAUAUUUUGAAUGCGAACAACCUCAACAAAGGCGACCUCUAUAUGAAAGGAUACAAGAGCUAGUUAGAGGCGAUGUACAAAUCCAGUCGAAAACUUAUGGGGACGCAACUAAACUGGAAUCUAUAAACCUGCGGGAUCUUCAUCCUAGAUCUUGGUACUCGGUUGCAUGGUAUCCUAUUUACCGUAUACCAGAUGGCAACUUUCGCGCAUCUUUUCUGACUUACCAUUCACUUGGGCAUUUGGUUUGUAGAAGUUCAAAUUCUGAUUCGCCAACUCUGGAUUCUUGUGUAGUUUCUCCAGCUGUAGGCCUUCAAAGCUACAAUGCACAGGGUGAAUGCUGGUUUCAGCUGAAUCAAUCUACACGGAGAACAGAAAUGCUAGGCAUAAAUCCCUCAGUUUUUCUUCAAGAGCGUUUGAGGACACUUGAAGAAACAGCAUCUCUUAUGGCAAGAGCUGAUGUCAACAAGGGGAACCAAACCUGCACAAACAGACAUCCAGAUUAUGAGUUUUUCCUGUCGAGGCGACGGUAUUGAGAUUUUCCUAAAGGUUUCACAGUAAAAAAUUAUGAGUAGGCCAAACUAGAUACAAAUAAUUUUUGGCUACAUUCAGGUAGAACGUCACAUUUCAAUGAGGAUCAAAGUGUUACUGGUCUUAUAUUGCAUGUGUCUUUUAGGUCCUAGUUAUUGAACUUAAUAUCUUUUGUACAUACUUUGUGCAGUACCUUUUUUUAUUUUCUUACUCACAAUUUUAGCUCAGUGUUGUUCCUUGGUAGAAAGGAACAAGGAAUAUGUAGUGCUGAUUUUGAGAUAUUAGUAGAAUUAUGAAUAUGGUGAUUCUUAGUUUUCAUAGCUUGAAGUUAGUGAAUACUUAAUUGUCGAAUUUGAGGUGCUUAUUAAACAUAGGGAAUCAAUUCUUUA